UUAAAAAUUGUUUACAAUAAUACUUUGAUCCCAUAAACUGAUGGGCUCGGACAUAUUCAUUCAUUCAGGCAAUAUGGGUGCUGUAGAAAUUUACAAUGACAUAGACAGCAUCUCGAGAGACUAGUGAAGUGUUAAGAUUUAGUUACACAGGUACCCAAGCACAGAUUUUACACACGGCUCUCUCAGGAGCAGAUUAAAAUAAGACCAGUAUGGCCUUGACGACCAUAGACCUCUCCAGCCCUGACCUCACCAAGUCCGCAUCUUUAAUAAGACAGGCUUGCUUGGACAGCGGGUUUUUCUAUGUAAUAAAUCAUGGCGUCUCCCAAGAGCUUUUUGACGACCUAUUCCAUCAGUCCCGCAAGUUUUUUGAGUUUCCAUUGGAAGAGAAGAUGAAGGUAUUGAGGGACCAGAAUUUCAGAGGGUACACGCCCUUGGAGGACGAGAAGCUUGAUCCUUCCAAACAGACUAAAGGAGACUGUAAAGAAGGGUAUUAUAUUGGAGUUGAAGUGGCAAAGGAUGAUCCUCGUGCAACAAAGCGCUUUUUUGGAUCAAAUGUUUGGCCUUCAGAAGAGAUUUUGCCUGGUUGGAGGCAGAUUAUGGAGAAGUACCAUCAAGAAGCAUUAAACGUUGGCAGAAAGGUUGCCAGGCUAAUAGCUUUGGCCCUGAACUUAAAUGCAAAUUUCUUUGACAAACCGGAGAUCCUUGAGGACCCAAUUGCCAUCUUGAGGCUUCUUCAUUAUGUGGAUGAAAAAUCUAAGCCAGAACUUGGUAUUUAUGGUGCGGGGGCACAUUCAGAUUUUGGCUUACUUACAUUGCUGGUAACAGAUGAAGUUUCUGGUCUCCAGAUCUGCAAAAACAAGGAUGCUCAAUCACAAAAUUGGGAAGAUGUGAAUCCUUUGAAAGGUGCAUUCAUUGUCAAUAUUGGAGACAUGCUCGAACGAUGGAGUAACAACAUUUUCAGAUCUACCAUGCAUCGAGUUCUGUUAUCUGGACAAGAACGCUAUUCGGUGGCAUUUUUCUUAGAACCAGGUCCUGAUUGUCUGGUAGAGUGUCUUCCAACAUGUCAUUCAGAGACAAAUCCUCCAAGGCACCCUCCUGUGAAAUAUGGAGAUUAUUUGGCUCAAAGAUAUAAGGACACACAUGGCAACGCUACUUCAUCUUACUAGUUAUAACCUCAUGUGGGCAUGACGUGCAGGCAUAUAGCCAAAAGUUUCUUUCAAGCCCAUCAGAUCUCUUCUGAAAAAUACUAUAUUUGGAAUAAGAUGAAUAUUCAAAAUAUUGAAUGUCUUAGGUUGGUUAAGAACCUUCUAAAAAGCGAAAGAAGAUUCUAUAUGAGCCAACAUUUUACAAGUUGUCAAGGCUUGGAAAAAUGGUUCUUGAUGAAUCUAUGGAUUGAAAUUAUGUUUGCUGUAUGGCUUAGUUGCAAAAUUAUAGAUUUUAGCACCUAAAAGUUUGUCUUGUAAAUUGGUAUUUUGCAAUUGGAAAGAUCUUUCUUUUUUAA